ACAAUCUUUGCACAGUGCUCUGAGCCUGAAACCCCAACCCUAUUUUAACCUAGCAUGUUCUGUAAACUUGGCCCUGUGGUUAGUUUAGAGUUCAGGACAAAUAAAGUCUAUAAAAGUCUAUACUGAAACUGCCUUCCUUUGCUUUUUGUGUCUGCAAUGGGAUGGCAUUUCACUUACACUUGAAGGUUUGGUCUUUUUCUUCAAAGCUGGAAAAUUCAGAUUAUUCUGAUUCUGAAUUUCAAAAGGGGUCUGUUGUGUCUUUCCCGACUCGCAAUCUUAUCUUGGGAAGCAUUUUUAAAGAGAUAACCUCAAGUGGUUGACCAAGGUAGAAUUUUCAUUUUGUUUGUUUUCCAGUCCCCUUUCUGGGUGAAUUCUGCGCUUUGGAAGUAGCCUGAAAAGGUGAAUUCCAGAACAAAUUUGAUGAACGGAGGCUUGUCGUUCCAGAUGCCCGUGGCCUCCAAGGUCGAACGGCCUCCUUAUGCUGGAUACUUCUUGGCUGGAGGGACAUGCAAGAGAACUACGAGACUCUGAUCUCUCUGGCAGAAGAGAUGGCCAUCACCCUGCCUCGAAUCACUGCGCUAGCUGAGCCCCACCGGAGAGGGUUGGCAUCGGGAUUUCCACUUUCUAAAUCUGAUCUGCUCUCCUGGAUGGAUCGAGAAGAUUCAUGGAUUCCAGAACUUCAAGAAUGUGAGGAAAGAGUGAUGCCAACUCAUAUAAGCCCAGGGGAUGAAUUGAGAAGAAAGGACGAACAUGUUCCUCCGGAAGUAAUUCCUAGCAAAACAGAUCUGCAAAAGGGGGAUGUCCUAGAGAGGAAUCUAAUGGAGGCCAAGGGCCAACCAUCAGGAACAGGGCUGAGGGGCCCCCUAACAGAAGGAAAGGAGCAGCAAGAUAACCCCCUCCCACCGACAAUGGUUGCCUCCAAUCCCCAGAUGUCCCUCAGGAAACCCCCAGCGCAUGGCAAGAAUCAUCAGUGCACUGAGUGUGGCAAAAGCUUCAGCCAGAAGUCCAACCUUCUCCGGCAUCAGAGGCUGCACCUGGACAAAAGACCCCACAAGUGCGAACAGUGUGAUAAAAGCUUCUCUGAGGCCGAGGCCCUGGCCACGCACCACAAGGGCCAUGCAGGCGACAAGCCAUACAAGUGCGAGGAGUGCGGGAAAAGCUUCAGCUGGACCUCACACCUGGAGCGGCACCGGCGGAUCCACACCGGAGAGAAGCCCUAUCCGUGCAAGGAGUGCGGGAAGGCCUUCAGCGUGGGGUCCCAUCUGGAGAGGCACCGGCGGAUCCACACUGGGGAGAAGCCCUAUCCGUGCAAGGAGUGCGGGAAGAGCUUCAGCGUCAGCUCCACCCUGGUCCAGCACCAGAGGACUCAUGCCAAGGACAAGCCCUACCAGUGUGAGGACUGUGGGAAGGGCUUCGCCCUCGGAGCCAACCUGGUGGCCCACCAGAGGAAACAUCUGGGCCAGAAGCCCUACGAGUGCCCCGACUGCGGGAAGAGCUUCAGCUUCACAUCUCACCUAGAGAGACACCAGCGGAUCCACACAGGGGAGAGGCCCUACCAGUGCCCCGACUGUGGGAAGAGUUUCAGCCGCAGCUCCCACCUUUACAGGCACCAGAGAAUCCACACAGGGGAGAAGCCACACCAGUGCACAGAUUGCGGCAAAAACUUCUACCUCGGUGCAGCCACCCUCCGCCACCUCCAGGCAUCCCCAGCCCGGAGCAGAGACCCCUCCAAAUGCACCGAAUGUAACCGCAAGCGGGCGGCCCCGCAGCCCCCACCCCCUCCCCCCUCCCCCCCAGCGUGUCCCAAGAAGCCCUAUAAAUGCCCUGACUGUGGGAAAGGGUUCGGCCAGAGUUCAUCCCUGGUGAAGCACCAGCGGAUCCACACGGGAGAAAGGCCGUAUCGGUGUCCGGAGUGCGGGAAGGACUUCAGCUGGUGUUCGGCCCUGAUCAAGCACAAGCGGACGCACACGGGAGAGAAGCCAUAUCGGUGUGAAGACUGCGGGAAAGCAUUCGCCAUCAGCUCCCAUUUGGAAAGGCAUCAGCGGGUGCACUCUCCGGACCGGCCCCACAAGUGUGCUGAGUGUGGGAAAACCUACAGGGAGCUGGCCUCACUGAUCAAGCACCAGAAAUCCCACGUGGCCGGGAGCAAGCGCUACCGGUGCCCCGACUGUGGGAAGAGCUUCAGCUGGAGUUCCCACCUGGAGAGACACCAGCGCAUCCACACAGGGGAGAAGCCCUACCAGUGCGCCGACUGCGGGAAGUGCUUCAGUGUCAGCUCCCACCUGGACCGCCACCGGAGGAUCCACACAGGGGAGAGGCCGUACCACUGCGGUGAGUGUGGGAAGAGCUUCAGCGUCAGCUCCACACUCUUGCAGCAUCAGCGGACGCACGCCAGCGGAAAGCCGCACAAGUGCAAGGAGUGCGGGAAGCGUUUCAUGGCCGGGGCGCAGCUGCUCACGCACCAGCGGGCCCACCGGGGUGAGAAGCCCUAUGACUGCACCGUCUGCGGGAAGAGCUUUGGCUUCGUCUCCCACCUGGAGCGCCACCAAAGGGUCCACACAGGCGAGAAGCCAUACCAGUGCCCCGAGUGUGGGAAGUGCUUCAGCCGCAGCUCCCACCGCAACCGCCAUCGGCACACUCAUGCACCGGAGGGGCUCCCCAAGGGGCGAUCCGAAGGCCGGGAAGUCAGCUGUGUUUCGACUGAGGCCAAGCACCCCAAGGAGCUGCUGCCUGUGGUUCCUGACCCUCUUUCUCUCAUGCCCUCCUGGUGGAGUGAGGGGGACAGGAAUAGCAUCCCCCCAGCUGCUUCCACGUGGCCCGAGGCCCCACCGGCCUUCCAGGGCCUCAUCCCCAAUGCUGUCCCAGCUGGGGGGCUGCGGGGCUGGGGUGGGAAGGGGCUCCUACCUCCAGACCCAUGGAGGCUAGGGGAAAGCAGCUGUAGAUGGACGUCCCCCUACCCUCAAGAGGGGUGGCCGCAGCCUCCCCCAACAUCCUAGCUGCUGAAAGCGAUUUUGUGGGGUGGAUGGUUGCGGGAAGCAGUGAUCUUCCCUCCACGCUCAACAAAUAGGGCAGAGUGCUCAUUUUGUCACGCUGGAGCCAAGGAGAGCUAGUUUGGUCUGGGUUGGAAUGGAAACCUACAUGUAGAUGUUGUCCUGGAAGAGAGGGAAACCACGUUUGUGUUCUUCUGAUGGAGGUUUACAUGGGCCUGGAGCUUGUAAUGUGAGGCGUACUUGGAGUUGCAAUAGUUUCUGGAUCCUCUGCAUUCUGAAGUGGUAGAGAACUAUUGUAGAGUUCUUGGUGCUUCCUGAGCUUGGUUGUUGCUUGCAGACAUUCCAUUACCCAACAUCAGUGAUGUUACUAGUUGGGUAAUGAAACGUCUGCAAGCAACAACCAAGCUCAGAGAACACCAAGAUCUCCACAGUUCAGUCCUGAGCUACAGAGAUUCUCUUCUGUUGGGAGAGUACUACUGGGUUUACUGAUGGUUUGAGCUGGCUUAUCAGCAUAAUUUGCUGGGGAGAGCUUAAGGCAGCAGCAAGCUGAGCAAAGGUUCUAGCUCCUCCUCUGCCUGAUGAGUGUGAUAAAUGAAAGCGUAACAGAAAUAGGGUGGUAUUGUACAUGAGGAUCCAUUUAUUGUCCGAUAAUAAGUUCCAGGUACCUUCUUAAGGCAUCCAAAGGUUUUCUUGGCAUUGCACCAAGAUCUGCAGGAGCUGCAGAAAUCACCAGUUGAAAGAAGCAUUUAGCCUGCCUAAAGUUGGAGAGCCUUGAGAGACAAUCUUUUCUUUCUGGUAGCAUCUUCCUGUGAGGCAAGGAAUGAAAUCCGAAACCAGAGCAGAUCCCUCUUCUGCACAGCACACAGUGCGGUGGCUCAGCAUUUGUGCUGCGUGCAAACUCUCCCGGAGUCAAUCUCUGCAUCUCCAGGUGGGAAGAGACUUCUGCUAGAGAUCCCGAGGAGCCGCUGUACUGACAAGUGCCAUCAGUCCUGACUGAUGACUGUGCUGGCUGAGACUCACGGAGGUUUGGACCAAAACGGGUGGGGAGCUCGGGCAGGAUGUUCUACUGUAGAUCGAUAAUGGGAGCCUGUGGCCCUCCUGGUGAUGAUUCAAGUCCCGUAAACUACUGUAGCCAUCAGGGAUGAUGGAAAAUGGUGCCGUCAGCCUUGCAAGGGCAGGAAGUACGCCUGGAUGAACUAAUUCUACUUUACUGUAAGGAUACACGAACAGAAUCUUGCAAGUCUGAAAGUACUUUUCUCCCCUUUCGCCUUUACAGCCCGAGAAACUAGGGAGGGUCCCUUCUGAGAUGUUUGCCACACCCCCUUCCUGCUGUGGGCUCAGCUGCCUCUUAUCCAACCAUUCUCCUGGCUGUGGCACUUCCCCGUCUCCCAAGGUCAUUCCCACAUACCAUUACAGGUGUCUGGCACCACCUGAAAGGUCAAAGGUUUUCAGUUCACAGUGUAGGUAAUUUACUGCUGAAUGGACCAAAGGGUUUCUCAGCACAAGGCAAUUCUGCAUUUUAUGGAAAAAAGGAGCAUCUUGGCAUCUCUUUUAAAAUAGCUGUUCAAGCUGAGAUUCAUUUGAUGCUGAUCCAUACAAUUCUGGCAAAGCAUCAGACAUAUAUUUGCUUAUCCAUUUAGACCACUUAAAAUUUAUAAAGGACUUUUCAGAUCUUAAUACAUUCCCUCCCAACCAUCCUGGAAGAUUUUUUUGUUUUUGUUUUUUUGUUUUACCAAAGAGGGAAUGAGAAGAUGGAAUAUGAAUUAACCAAAGGCUGAAGGAUGAGUCCAAACGAACUUGGGUCCAAGAGUUAUAAGCAGAGAAUGCCCAGAUAGGUCUGGAUGCCAAUUCCUAAGAAGCAUUUGUGGAAAACCAGCUUUCCCCAUUAAUGCUCCAUAGCUAUUUUAUACCUCCUUUCCCCACUUAAUCCUGACUUGCAUUAUAUAUUUCUAGGUACCUCCAGAGAACUCUGGUUGGAUUGAACUACAAGAUCAAUUACUGAAAUGGAAGUUCAAUGCAUUUAGAAGGCACCAGGUUGGGGAAUGUUGGUUCAGAGCGUGUGGGGUUUGAAUUUCCUUCUCUCCUUCCUUUGAAAAAUUAACAUUCAAACAAACAAGCUUAUUUUUCAUAACAGGUUUUCUGGUGACCAUGCUUACAUUAUGUGGGAAAGAAUGGGGAUAGAUCCUUUUAUUAGCAACCCCUUUUUAAAAAUUAACAUUAAAAUGCGGGCACUUGAAUUCCAGGUAGGGACAAAGAAACAUAGUGGCAAUAAUGCAACAUAUCCUAAGUGUUCUGAAAAAAAAACUGGUUAAACCCAGGGGAGCUUAGUUCUGAGUAAAUAUGUACAGUACUGCAUAUUCUGUCAGGAUGAAAACUUCUAAGAACAUACCUAAUUAAUCUUUGAUAAUGUCUAGCUGCCUUCCUAAAAACCCUAACAUUUUUUAUCACCACCAAGGAACCUUUUUUUUCCUGUCAAGAGCUUAAUUACUUCCAGGAAAAUAUUUGAGGUCAUAUUGUGAUAGGCAGAGUCACCCGUUCUCACACUGGCUUCCUUAUUUACUCCUUGUUGUCGUUCUCUCUGGCCUACAAGGCCUUCCCUCAGCUUUGAUUGAUCAAGCAGUUGUGCCCUACCUGAACGAGGACUGUUGUUGGUGACACAUGCUGGUGACUUCAGGUGGAUUGCUGAAUUGCACUUGUGGGGUGUCUCUUCAAACUGGCUCUUCAAGUUGAUCUGGCCCAGAAUGUGGCACCACAGGGGAUGGUGAUCCCUCUUGGAGGAUGCCACAUCGUCUCCAUUUUGCUUUGGUUUCUGGUUGUUUUCAAGCCCAAUUCAAUACUGGAGUAGUCAGUCCUGUAGAUAAUUUGGACCACAACUGUACAUGUUUUGGUAAGUCUCUAGUAUCUUCAUUGAGGAAGAAUUCAGCUAACCAAGCUGGGAAAGUCCUCAGCCAGCAAAUCAGCAGAACAUACCAGAGCAUUCUCCAACCUAGUGUUCUCUAGAGGAGAUGGAAUGGCUUUCCAGAGGAGAUGAAAUAGCUCUCCAGAAUCCCAAGAAGGAUCAUUUGUUGGGAAUUUGGGGAUUGGUAAUUGCAGUGCGCCUGGACGCAUGGCCAGGGAAAUCUGUGAUCUGCAACACUCAGUGCUGAUACUCAUGUUUCACUAAGCCAGUAAUCAAGUCUAACAAAGAAAUGGCUGGAUUCACACAUACUGAACCCAAAUCAAUACAUAUACUGUA